AUGUACGUCUGCACUCGUCGGAUCUCUAUAUGCACAGCAGAACUUGAAAAUUUCCAGAACGUAGUGAAUGCGUAUGCAUCCAAGCGUCACUCCUACAACCCACCUUCAUAUAGGUGCAGGAAUCGACUUGCGGCCUUGCACCAUAACCACCAUAUAAACAGAAACGUUCUUGUCAAGAAAGAUGGAGCAACACAAUUUCAGGAGCUACAACAAAAAAGUGGAAGAUGGGCAGUUUAUCCUGUGAAAGAGAAAAAAAAAAUUCCGUAUAUCCCAUCUUUGCAGGAGAAGAUUCUAUUGUCAAGAGUGACAGAUGAAGUGGGGAUGAACCAACCCGUGGUGCUGGAGGUAGAUGAUCCAAGAAGAUUGUCAUCUCAUCUGGCUCCAAUCCCACCCCCUUCCACUGAACAGCUUGUUGUCGAGCAGAAGUCAAGGUUUCUGCAACAAGAAAGAGACAAUUGA